AACAAGCAAAACAAAACCACAGUUGCUGCAAAUUAAAAACCCCUGCCCUUUGGGCUACAUGCUUUAGACCUCAAAUCUUAUUUCCUUUUAUCAACCCAGAUGUAAAUGUAAUUUCCUUUCCAUAACAGGGUAUUUUAUUUAUUGCUUUUCAUGGCUUCAGCUUAUGUUAACAACAUCGCUGUCCCACCGGAGGGUUUCCAGCCAACUACAAGUUAUUCUUCUUACGGUUGGUUCAGUCCUAGGAUUUCCUUCAGCCCAGAAGAGAAGCCGUCUAAGUCUAGACCCAAGUUUCCAACUGAUCCUGCAGAUCCUCUUCCUGGUUCUGAUCCGCAAGAGAUCCAAGACUUUGAGUUCAGGCUUGAAGAUCCUGUCACCAUGCUUCCAGCUGAUGAGCUUUUUUCUGAUGGUAAGCUUGUACCUUUGCAGUUCUCAACUCUGAAACACCAUCCUCCUGUGAAUGCUUUAUCUGAGAUCAGGUCCCUCAAAACAGCGAAAUCUUGCCGUAGAACAGAAACGGAGAUUUCUGGCACGGAUCCUUACUUGUUGUCUCCUAAGGCUCCGAGGUGUUCAAGCAGGUGGAGGGAACUUCUGGGUCUUAAAAAGGUUUCCCAAAACACUAAUCAACCUGCCAAAUCCGAGUCUCAGAGCAAAACCUUAUUAUUAUUAUCUAAUACUAACCCGAAACCUCUGAAGCAUUUUCUUCGUAGAAGCUCAAAAUCUUCCUCUUCCACCGCUUCCUGGGCAGACUCUUCAUUAAGUCUUCCCUUGUUGAAAGACUCAGAUUGUGAGUCAGUCUCUAUAUCUUCAUCAAGGUUAUCGCUUUCUUCUUCAUCUUCCGGCCAUGAACACGAGGAUCUUCCAAGGCCGUCACUUGAUUCCGAUAAGCUAAAUUUGAACAACCCCAGCCUGAAACCUUUUGCUCCCUGUAGAAAUAUGAACCCAAACCCAAUAAGAAUGAGGAUGGUUAAACAAAGAACAGAUAUAGGGCCCGCUAAUAAUCAAACAGCAGCUGCUGGGACUCGAAUAGGUCGGAGUCCGAACCGGAGGGAUUCAUCAGGUGGACUAACAAGCAGGGGACUUUCAGUAGAUAGUCCAAGAAUGAACUCUUCAGGAAAAAUCGUGUUUCAAAGCCUGGAAAGAAGUACAAGCAGUCCAAGUCGUUUCAAUGGUGGUCCUAGGUUUAAACAAAGAGGAAUGGAAAAGUCAUAUUCAGCUAAUGUUAGAAUCACCCCAGUUCUUAACGUCCCCGUUUGCUCCUUGAGAGGAUCUUCAAAAUCAGGCUCCGUUUUUGGAUUCGGACAGUUGUUUUCAUCUUCCCCACAAAAGACUGCAAAUGGAGGAAGCAGCAAAGGGCAUCAGAGUAACAAUAGCAGCAGAAACAAAACAACAGAUCGAAAUCAUGAAAAAGAACCAAAAACAAACAAAAGAGAUUUGGUAACAAUCUAGUACUAAGUUUUAAUUAGUAGUAGUUACAUUUUUAACGUUUUCAUGUGUUACUUUUUUAGAUUUGUGUCGUGGGUUCUCUCUCUCUUUUUUUUUUUUUUUUCAAUUUCCUGACAAUUCCCACAUUUUCUUGUAGCUCUUCUCUUUUAAUAAAAGAAAACUUGUAGAAUUUAGAUGUAAAUAACCAUUUCCCUUCUUAUUUGUGUUUUUUCUUUCUUUUAUUGAAGUAUUUUGCUGGCUUUUUAACGGAAAAAAGAAGAGAAAACUGAGAGUUUGGAUGAAGUUGGUUUAUGUUUUGGUUUGUAAGUUGAUCUGAAAGAUUUGGAAUCUCUUUUUUUCUCUGUGAUGAUCAGUUAGAGGUUGGUGGUGAGGUGGAGUGCUGAAUGAAUUUUGGUUUUGCAUUCCACGCUCUGGAAAAGAGCGUCUGUCAGGAUUUCUAAGUCUUUCGAAUAGUCAU